UCCUAGUGCUUCGCCGAGCGCUGUUUUUUAAAGCCACUCCUGCGUUUAACCCCCGUCGUUAUUGGCUCGGCGUCCCCCUGGAUGGGUCAGCAUGGCGUGCAUCCCGUUCCAGACCCAGCUCUCGUCCAUCAUGGAGGUCCUGGUGAAGGCGGCGGUGGCGGAGAUCUCCAAACUGGUCGAUGACAAAUGUGCCUUCCUGCAUCUGGAGAUCUCCAGGAAGCAGAGUGAGAACGAGCAGCUCAAGAGGAAACUGCAGAUGAUGGAGGAGAGAAACGCGCAACAGCAGCGGAGCUUCGAAAACUAUGCUGAAGGAGGAAGUGAUGGUGGGACCUGCCUGGACCCCACUGGAGAGGUCAAGUUCCCAGAGCUGGAGGACGCCACAGUUUCCUUCACCAUCAAAGAGGAGAGUCCAGACGAGGCGCUGUGGAUCAGUGACUCAGCAGAACCUGGAGCGCUGCAGCUCCGCCCUCCAGCGGGCGCAGAGGGGAGCGGACCGUACCAGCCGGAGCACCGGCUCAGCGUUCCUGAGCUGCCGCAGCAGAAGGCACCCGGCUUCAGCGACCCGUUCCACGCCACUGUGGAGGCCGGCAGCCUGCGACUGACCGUCAAGACCGAGAAGGACGUGGAGCGGUCGGGACUCAGUCAGGAGGGCUGCCCGCAUUCCACCACGAAAGCCUCCAGCGCUCUCCCCGAUUUCUCCCUGGACGAUCGCGAGAACCAGCUGUGGUCGUCCAUCAUCGAAGGCAGCGAGCUGGAUGCGGGUUACCCGGACUUCUCCAGUGUGGUGGACGAGUACUCUGCGACCUUCCCCGACCAAGCUGGUGUGGCCUCCGACACGGUGAAGAGUAACGGAGGGUACAGCAGCGAGUACCUGAAGGACAUGCAGCCGUCCAGCUUCCCACCCAGACCUCCGGCGGAGCCUUGUGAGCCUGACAGGGGGAGGACGGCGUACGCGGAGCAGCGUGUGGACGGUGAGGCGACCGCUCGAGAGCAGGUGUUCAAGCCACCGCCGCCCCGCGGCUACAUGUGCUCACACUGUGGGAAGGCCUUCGCCCGGGUGACCCAGUUCAAGAUGCACCAGCAAACCCACAAGAGGAAGCGGGCCUUCUGGUGCACCGUGUGCGGCAAGAACUUCCAGUGCCUGUCCCACCUGAGCAUCCACCACCGGACACACACAGGCGAGAAGCCGUACGUCUGCGGCGAGUGUGGCAAGCGCUUCACGCAGCAGAGCAGCCUGCGGGUCCACCAGCGCACGCACAGCGGCGAGCGGCCCUACAGCUGCGGCCAGUGCGGCAAGACCUUCAUCCUCAUGCACCACCUGAAGAGACACCGCAUCAUCCACAGCUACAGCUGAGCGCUGCCCCUACAGUGGCUAAACGUUGAGACCUCCGCCGACUCUUCAUCCAAGUAUUUAUUUGCUCUUGAUUCGUUUUUCACUCAGACAGCAACCUUAGGUGACCCGCUCCUCUUCAGGUGGUCGUAAUGUUUAUUUAACAAGGGACUUUAUGCAGCGACGCCCAGCUGACAACUUCUGCGUCUUCAAGCUGAACU